AAUAAACUCGGCACCUGAAAACCAGUCAUAGAGACCCUCGCAGACGAAAGAAAAAUGUCGAACAUUCGAGUUUUGAAAGAGUGGUUCGAACGAGUUGACUCAGAAAAAACAGGGAACAUUACAACAAUCCAACUCCAGAGUGCUCUUGCUGUUGGCAAUCUACAAUUUCCGAUCACCGUUGUUCAACAAAUGAUCAGGAUGUAUGAUUUUGACAGAAAUGGAACCAUGAGUUUUGAAGAGUUUGUGGCUCUUAAUAAGUUUCUUUUAAAGGUUCAACAAGCUUUCUCAGACUUAGAGAGGGGUCGUGGGUUUCUUGUUCCUGAUGAAGUCUAUGAAGCUUUGCUGAAAAUGGACAUCUCUCUUGAUUCUCCAGCAUUUUACACUGUUUGUGAGAGCUUUGAUAAAGAAAAAAAUGGAAGAUUUCGGCUGGAUGAUGUCAUGUCGCUUUGUAUAUUUGUUCAAUCUGCUAGGAAUCUUUUUAAUUCUUUUGACACGAGUAAACAGGGGAGGGUGACUCUUGAUCUUAAUCAAUUCAUAUUUUGUACUGCGAAUUGUAGAAUAUGAAGCCUAUGUAAUAUCCCAUGUGGAAAAUAACUAUUUACUUUCAACAAAUGCGAUUGGGUUUCUAUAAUUGGUGUUAAUAUCUGUGUAUUUAUUGGGAUCCAUGUAUUAACAUUGUUGUGAGGGGUUAUUAUAAAGUAGUUUGGAAUAGGGUUUUAGCUUUUGAUUUAAUGAGUGCAACAAACAAGAAUCACAAUACUUUUUAAUUUAUGUAAAAUGGUUAUUCUUUAAGAAGGCCC